AUGCCGCCUCGGCUACUCGUGCCAUCUGUAAAGCGCGCGUCACGCUACCUCGGCUCAACCACCAAAACCACGUCUCAUGAUGCCCGCCGCUCCAUCAUAACCACGACCCCACGCCUCGCGCGUAGCUUCCCCGCCUGGUUCGCCCGCGGCGGUACAUCCAACGGCCUUGUCAUCCAUAGGAGAGACCUCCCGCCCGAGACGCAAUGGUCCGACGUGCUCCCUCCCGCUAUGGGCUCACCAGACUCGUACGGCCGCCAGCUUGAUGGCAUGGGCUCCGGACUGUCGUCGACGAGCAAGAUUGUCAUUCUCGGACCGCCCUCGCGUCCGGAUGUGCAUGUGGAUUUUACUUUUGUGCAGGUUGGUAUCAAGGAUGGCGUCCUGGAUAUGGCUGGCAACUGCGGUAACAUGUCGUCUCUCGUUGGGCCCGCGGCUUGGGAUGCUGGGUUGGUGCCGGGAGAGGCGGUUAAGCAGGAGAAGGAUGGCUCGCAGUGGGUGACGGUACGGUUUCUGAAUACCAAUACCAACAAGGUCAUGACUUCGAGGUUCCAAGUUGCCGGUGAGCCGUUGCGUUACACUCACGAGGGCGACUAUGUCAUGGAUGGAGUGCCGGGGAAGGGCUCCAAGGUCAUCAUGAGCUUUCUGGACCCUGCAGGCGCAAAGACUGGCAAGGCCCUGCCAACUGGGAAUCCCGUUGAUGUUCUGGAACUACCGGACGGGAGCAAGGUUGAAGCGUCUCUGGUCGACGUCGGCAACCCAGGCGUCUUUAUUAGCACCGAGAGCUUGGGGCUGGCGAACCACAUGGCACUGACACCGGCGAUUGUCGAGGCAGAUGCAGACCUCAAGAUACGGUUAGAACAGAUACGCCGAGCUGGAACCUCCCUCAUGGGUCUCGACCCAAACAUCGAAAGCGUCCCCAAGAUCGUUCUCCUGUUCCCUACCAGCGGCUCACCCGAGGUAGACAUUAGAUGUCUCGCCUUGUCGAUGGGCCAAGCACACAAGGCUGUGCCAUUGACGCUGGCGCUCUGCCUCGGAGCGGCGUCUCAGAUCAAGGGGACUAUUGCCUCUGGUUUGAUUGGGGGCAAGUCUAAGGAGACGGUGACGAUUGGACAUCCCACUGGGAAGGUCGACAUUGGCACUGUUAUCCGUGACGACAAGAUUGAGUCGGCGCAGCUGUUAAGGACAGCGAGGUUUAUCAUGAAGGGAGAUGUAUAUUAUUAG